AUGGCGUUGGCGUCAAUAUGGACAGUUGAGUUUCGUUUGCUUUCCGUUCACCCUUGUUCUCCCUCUUCGAGCACAAGAACAAGAAAAAUCCACCGAUUCCGUAUCACAAAUGGAAUUCCCAAAGAGGUUCUUACACGCACUCAGGAAUUCCAACAACACUGCACCACUUCCGUUUCCAAAUUUCAUCAUCAACUUGUUACUUCCAUCCCAAUGCCGCAGUUUCUGGUGAAUCUAAACGUUGGGAGUAAUUUACCGAUUUGGGUCUGUGUUGCUGUUGUGGUUUUGUUUGCUUCUUUGAGGACGAUUUUUUCCAGAAAAAAACAACCGCCUGGUUCGGUAGCUGAUCUUGUUAGACGUGGUCAAUUGAGAUCAGAUAGAAGAGGCAUAUCUAGGGAUCCCAAAUUUGAAGAUCCAUUUGAUAAUCCCUUGGUCAAAGUUAGCAAAAACAAGUCAAGUGUAGAGAUGUGUGGAAAGGUUUACCGCUUAGCCCCCGUCACACUUACUCAAGAGGAACAGACAGUUCACCAGAGAAGGAGAUCGCGUGCGUAUCAAUGGAAGCGUCCCACAGUUUUCCUUAAGGAAGGAGACUCGGUUCCUCCGGAUGUUGAUCCCGAUACAAUCAGGUGGAUUCCUGCGAAUCAUCCCUUUGCCACCACUUCUACGGAUAUUGGAGAGGACUUUGCACACAAAAAUGUCAGUCAAAAGAGUGGAGUUCCUUUUCGUGUUCAAGCUGAGCAUGAGGCCCUACAAAAAAAACUUGAAGCCCUACAAAAUGAAGAGGAACUCAAUAAAGUAGUGAUAAAUCCUACCAAUGCUAAAGAAUUGGCGAGACCAUUCAAUUCCCACGCAGAGAAGAGCUCUUUAAACAAUCAGUUGAAAGAUCCCCCCUCCUCUAAAUUAGAUAAUGGCCCGAAUCACUUCGAAAUUGCGCCUUCAACGGGUGAAGACCAAAAUCUUAAACUUUGA